AGCCUCAUCCAGAGGGCAACAUGUCGCUGUUGACUUCUGCUGUGAAGCCGCACACAGGAGGAAACCUGAGAACACAUGUGUUCACGGUGACACACAUGUUCCGGGUCCACAAACCACAAACCGUCCUCAGCAGAACCACAAUCUGCAGCCGAUCUGGGUUCUGAGGGAGAGUCAGACGCUGCUGCAGAGCUGUUCUUAUCAGAGCCGACAAGUGAGUGAUGAAGGCAGAUAGUGAGGCGAGCUGACAGCUGUUUGACGGAGGAGCUGCACAUGUAGAAGUCAGAGAUGCAACGCUGGAAAACACACUUCAAGAAUGAGUGAAACUCCAACAGAGCUUGAGCUUCAGCCGUCAGUCCAGCCGUCGUCACAGCCAGAACCUGAGCUCGGCCUCCAGCCUCCCACUCUGAUCCAGAACCCCCUGCAGGACCAACACCAGCUGCAGCCUGCAUCACAGUCCGACCAGCAGCACCAACCGAAGCCUCUGUGCAGAAACCUGCUCCUCCUCUUGCUGGGCUUCUCUUUAUGUGCUGCCAUGCUGGGAAUGAUCUACUACCUGCAUCACAGUCGCCACACUGAGAACCAAUCAGCAGCUGGUAGGUCCUCAGAGAAACAUCAGACCCAGAGCUCCUCCAUGCUGACUAACUCCUCUCCGCCUCCUGCAGUGUCUCCUUGCGUCUCUGCAGCCUGUCGCUCGGCCUCGGCUCGGCUGUCCUCCUCCGCUGAUCCCUUCACUCAGCCCUGCGAAUACUUCACCUCCAGAUGUGGAUCUGACAGCCUGUCGGAGUUUGGCGGCAGUGGCGGUGGCAGGAUGAGAGGACAAGGAAUCCCUGGACACCCUCAGAACCAGAAGGACCAGUCAGUGUGGCCCGAGAGGAGACGAGAUGAAGGAGACAGAAGACAGACGGACAGAAAGACUCUGCUGCUGCAGCAUCUCAGGGAGAUAUUAGAAACCAACGACAGAUCGAGCAGUUCAGCGGUUCAGAAGACCAGAAGGUUUUACAACUCCUGUUUGGACACCACAUCCAUAGAAAUGACCGGAGCAGAGCCCUUCCUGUCACUCAUCCAGAAACUGGGAGGUUGGGCGGUAUCCGGUCGGUGGAAUCAGACUGAUUUUAACUCCACUCUGAGCUCACUGAUGAGAGACUUCGCCACCUUUCCCUUCUUCAACCUCUACGUAGGCAAAGACCCGAACGAAGUUUCCCACGGGUCGACCAGAAGAUACAUCCAGAUUGAUCAGCCGGAUCUGCUGAUCCCCAUCGAAUGGAACAGCAGGACGCAGAAGUCGGAGGCCAAAACUGAGACUCUGCGUCCCUUCCUGGCGUCCUGUCAGAGGUAUCUGGCCCUGCUGGGGGCGCCGCCGAUGAGCAGCAUGAUCCACGUGGGCCUCUUCAUCUCUCUGUCCUCUGAACUCGCUGUGGCGGCUUCACCUCUGCAGCAUCGGCUUCAGAAAGGACAGCUGCACCAGCGCAUGACCGUCAGAGAGCUGCAGCAACAGGCUCCCGCCAUCGACUGGUUGGGAUGUCUGCAGGCGGCCUUCCAUCCUCGGACCCUCAGCGAAGACGAUCCCGUCCUCCUCCAUAACCUCCCCUACAUCCUGCAGAUGUCCCGCAUCAUUCAGAAGUGGCUGAACAGGCACGAGCUGAGUGGCAGUGGUCCGCUUCACACCUACAUGGUCCUGAACCUGCUGCACACCCUGAUGCCGGCGAUGCCAGCAAACUUCUCUGCAGCUUUGGGCAACACUGAAGGGGAGGAUCCUCGCUGGAAACUCUGUGUCCUGGAGACGGAGAGAGGAUUCAGCUCGGUUCUGACCCACCUGGUCAGUGAGAGAACGGAACAUCGACAGGCAGAGGAGAUGAUUCAACACGUGUUUUCCUCCUUCAAGUCCAAAUUAAAGGAGCUCCAGUGGACGGAUCCCAAGUUUCUUGAGCUCGUCAUGAAAAAGCUUGGUUCUUUAACUCCCAGACUGUGGACUUCAGAGGAGUCCAGUGAAGACGAGCUCGACCGGCUGAUUUCUGAGGUGACGGUCGACUCAAACAGCUUCUUCUCCAACUACAUCCAGCUGCUGUCGCUGUGGCAGAAGAGACGCAGCAACCUGCUGACGGAGAGCGAAGAGGCUGCUGAUAUUCUGUCCGUCACGCCGUUGCUGCUCGGCGCUGAGCUCCUGUUUCCUCUGGGAAUGUUCGUCCCUCCCCUGUUCCAUCACACCUAUCCCAGAGCCAUGAAUUACGGUGCGACGGGUUUCCUUUUGGCCAAAGAUAUCCUGCAUCUGCUUCUGCCCAACAUCUCGUCCCACAGCGAGUCGGUCAGCUCUGUGGGAAGCUGUGUGUGGACUCUCUACCAGAGUGUGAGCGAAGCAGCCGGCAGACGUGCAGCCUCGUCCCUGUCGCCGGCGCAGCAGCAGGAGCUGUGGCUGCAGUACUCGGCGCUGCAGGUCGCUCUGCAGGCUUAUCAGCAGAGUCUGCAGCAACGUCCAGGUGACUCGUCCCUGUCCGGCCGGUCUCACGCUCACCUGUUCCUCACUGCCUUCUCUCAGGUAAACUGUGAUGUUGACCCGUACCGUGACUUCAUGCCCCUGGAGCCGUCCUUCUUCAUCACAGUCAUCUGCUCCAGAUCCAACCUGUGUCCUGCAAACCUGCAGUGCUCCAUCAAGCCUCAGCACGACUCACCACAAACCUGCUGAAAGGAGGACUUUACUGAUGCAGACGCUGUCACAAAACGUCCAUUUGAAGCUGUACAAAGUAACUGGGGAUGCUGGCAAACUCUUGUUGCUGCAGAAUGUACAACCCGAAACACAUUUUUAUAUUAUAUUAGCCGUAGCUGUUGUUGAGAUGUUUCUGCAUGUUGCAUUUAUUGCACAAGUAU